UGUUUUUCUCUGUCUGCUGUCUUUAGCAUUUUCCAAAUUUCGAUUUUGUUUUUUUCACCUCCACUUUUCCUUCCAUCGUCUGUUAUUUGCCACUCUAGAGACUCCACCUCUCAGUACUACACUGGUGAUCUCUCUACCAUUGCACAAUCACACUAGCGAAAGGUUCGGCCCAAUUUAUACUAGUAUUGUUGAAACGGCAUUGAUACAGAUAUCAAGCUACUAGCUACAAUCACCACUAGCAUCACACAUCACUACCAGUACCACUAUAAAUACCAGAUUACCACUGCCACCACUACAAUACUAACACGACAGCUACUGCCAUACCCCAACCACCACUACUAGAAUACCACUUCGCCAACCACUUGAUCUUCAUACUUUUCCUGAAUCUCUCAGUCAUUCUCAUUUCACUUCAUCAUCAUCUUUUCUCAUUAAUCUUGCCACUAAUUCUCACUUCUGCAGCAGUCUAGAAUCCAUCUUAAAUUAUCACAUCCGCCAUCUCCAAAAUGUCAAUGUCCAACAACGAGGUGUUCUGUGGAGGCGCUACCACGUCUCAGCAUGUCGACGCUCAGGAUGAUGAUCACUUUGAGAACACAACGUUUAAGUUGAAACGAACGAGAUCCAUGGGGCUACUCGACGAGUUCAUCCCGGAGAAACUUGCAGCAGCGGCAAGCUCUACAACAACCAAUACUGCCGAUCAGAAUACAGAUCAUAUUGCUUCUACUACUAAUACUUCUAGUAACCUGAGCAUAGACAGCAACAUCAUCAACGCUGGGGGUGAAAAUGAUAUCAUCAACAUAGAAAACAAUAUCAUCUCUAACAAUGCUGAUUCUUCUAUUGAUUCCGAUGCCAUAUCACCUCCAGUUUCUUCAGUUUCACCGGGAUUGACUCCAACGCCGCUUUCGCUCAAAAGCCCGGAGUUACUACCCCACGACGAUACAGACAUCACGACUGAGCCAUCAGUACACGUCGAUUACUUGUCACAUCAAUGGGAUGUGAGCGACAUUCUGAGAUCAUGGCGUUAUGUGAUUCUGAAGAGAAAAGAUGUAGCUAACUCUGCCCGACUCGAGAACGCCAGUUGGCGAACUUGGGCUCAACGUAGAUGCAAUUUGAAGACGAUAAGCCCGGAAGUCGUCAACUGGUCCAAAGACUCCGAUGUUACGUGGCUCUACGGUCCUAUUCUCAAGGAUGACAAACCACUCUAUCCGGAUUCGACUUCUGAUCAUAAGGCGAUCACAACGGCUUCUUCGGUCGUCGCCGGUGACAUUUCCAUACCCAACAAGUCACAUGUACUGGCACCGAAGCCAAUUUUAAAACGUAGAACGGUUCAGGACAUGAUGAUCAGCCAUCUGAACUUGUUGAAGCUCCAGCUUGCCACUAACAAAAUGUACCAGAAACAGCGUGAAAAACAGCUUCUGAUCCAGCAACAGCAACAGCAUCAGCAAAAGCAGCAUAUCCAGGACGGAAAGAGCAAACAUACGCCCGAAUUUGACGACUAUGAUGCCAUUCUGGCCAAGUUGAAUUCGCAGUACAAAAAUGUCAGCGGCUCUUCUGAAAAUUCAUCCCAAAACAGCAGUGUAACCAGGCUUCAAAGUUUGCUUCAGAAAUCGCAAGGUUCUACUUCAAAUCUCAAGCACCAGCCCCAAACUCCAGAUUUUGGCCCCGCUCUUCUAGCAAAGGAUGUAGACGAAGCCGAUUUCUCGAUGUUUUUAGGUACUUCAGACAGUGUUACGAUUCCAGUUACAGAAGAGAAGCAUAAGGAAAAACGUCAUAUUCAUUUCAACGACGAAGUAACCCAAUGCAUAGCUGUAGAUCACUUUUCUGAUAACGAGUAUGAAGAGGAAGACGAUGAUUAUUACUACGACCCCGAUACUGGUUCUGAAGACGAGUUUGAUGGCUACAUCUACGAGAAUUCUACGAAUUACGGUGAAAAUGUUGAGUCUACUCCAGCCUACAAUAGCGAUGAAGACGAUGACGAUGAAGACGAUGACGAUGAAGACGAAGAGGGUGGCUUUUUCCUCAAGGUGAAGUCGCCUUCAAUUCCACAGUCGAACAUUCCAGGGUUGCUGGCAUCUGCUGGAGGUCAGAUUUCUUCACAACGAGAACCGGAAGCCACUGAAGACUCUGAUUCUGUAUCUACAAACAAUAGCAAGCUGUAUAAGACGAUUCAGUUGUUACCAUCAACUUCGUUAAACUAUGGAUCAGACGAAGAAAGCGACGAGGAGAAUCCUUACACUUCCAGUUUGUCUCACAAUGUCAAUAACGACGUAAGUAGAGGUUACGAUUACUACUACGACUACAACACGGUGUAUACGGUCGACCCAAGUCAUGCAAUCUACGGAACCAACAAGAAAGACACGCCCGAUGUAGUAGAUGUACCAGAGAACAUCACUAUGGGCUCAAACUUCGACUACGAGAUUAUAGAGAACGACGACUUUGCUCUGAAUAUAGACGGAAGAAACGCUUUACCUAUAAUUAACCCGGCCAUCAUCAACAGCAACAACAUCAACAACCAGAACAUCAAUCAGAAUACCGCCAGUUAUGUUCAAUACAAUGCCAGUGCGAAUGCUGGGAGUCCAGCUUCUCCUCCAACUAUUCCCAUACCGAAAGCUGCACCUUCUGCCAUUCCCAGCUCGAUCUCAGGAACGUCUCCUUUCAGUUUGAGUGAUUCAGAAAACAGCGACGAUGAAUCUGAUGAAGGAUUGUCUAUUGGAGCCAGAACUUCGUCUCACUCCUUAGCUCAACAAGUGUUUGGCCAGGCAAUGUCUGAAAGUGUCAGUAAUAAUAGUGCCAAAAGACAUUUUCCUGAAGCUUUUGAGACUCCACAACCCUCUUCGGCUCCUGUCAGUAGUAUAAAUCCUAAUCAUUCGUCAGCAUCAAUAUCUAAGAUGCCAACCUCGUCUAGUUCGUUAUCUCAGCUGUUCUUUGGAGGUGCUGCUUUGACAAAACAGAGGCAGUCGUCGAAUUCAUUAUCUGAACAAUUCUUUAAUGCUCAACCAACAACUCCUGCUUCAAUUCUGCAGCCACAACCACAGCACCAAGCUACAGACGUAGGUUCCAGUCAGUGGUUUACCGUUUCCCCUGAGAGCUCGCCUGCUCCAUUGCAGAAGACACUUUCGAAUACCCAGAGAAAGGCUUCUCCCUUACCUCCACAUACCACUUCAGCGAAUGCCUUUCUGGGAAAUACAACUCCUCCACCACUGCAACCUCCUACCGGUCUGACAUCGAGGCAACAGUCCAAGACGUUCUUGUUUGACGAUUCAGACUCAGACUCAGACGUAGACUACGUAGAGAAUGUAGCCCCGUUGAAUGUGGCAGGCCCCGGAGCCAACAGCCCGAGCUAUGCGACAUUGGCCCUGGUAGCAGACAAGAGCGGUGUGAAGUCGCCGUCCCCUGAUGUUUCUAAUGCCAAUGAGAAUAACGAUAAUCAAAGUCCUCAGUCUCGAAACAUAGUGGGUCAGGCUAAGGGUUUGGCCAACCACUUCUUAGGCGGCUGGAAGCAGUAGAACAAGGAAAAAGAAGAUACCUUAAGCGGAAAGUUACCGGAGUGAUAAUGUUGUUUUAAUAUUAAUAUUGAAGUUAAUGAUAUUAACAUGUCAAGCCAGAUUUCACUCAUAUAAAUACGCAUAGACAGUGACCACUAUAGCCACCAGAAUUAUUCACAAUCAAACCUACGAAGAUCCCGAAUCCACGCUAGUGCUUAAUAGCACCUUUCGGGCACCGAGGCCGCAGCACGCGAGCCAUAGUAACUCGUCUGGUAUACCAUGUCUAUUUUGCUUUUAUUUCAUACAGUUUAAUCAUUACAUGUACUAUAGAAAGGUGUAGAUCUUUACGGGAGUACUACUGAAAUCGGUUUAGCACAGUAUUGGAGGCUCGUAAAGUGGUGUAGAAUUACUCAAUUUCUAUUUGCAAUUAAGAAUUAACUUGAUUACAUUCAAACUAGUAUGGGACUAUAGAUACGAAGAACUUUCUUGGAUUAGGGAACUAAUGAAG